GAGAAGGUUGACCAGAGAUAUUGUUUAUUGUUUAUAUAAGUUCUAAUAUACAUAUAUAAGAAUUACAAUGAGAUCACGAAUUAAAUACGCUCUUUCUGUGUACUACCCAAAACAGAGUAACUAAAAAAGUAAUCAAAAGCGUUAGGUUUAGAUUUAGUUCUUAGUAUAAAAUUUUUUAUUUUGGGAAACGUGAUAGUGGUACAGGCAAAAAUGCCUUUAUGUAGUUGAAUAGAUGCAAAUCUUAGGAAAACACUUUUGUACGAAAAUUAUAUUCCCAAUACUAAUCACAUAUUCAAUAUAUAUAUUGAUAAAUAUUUGGUGGAAUUAUAUAGGUUAGAGUAUAAUAAUGUUUAUUGAAAAAAGACUAGAAUCUAUUGAAGAUGUAAUAAAAUUUGUUUUUGGUAGAGAAAUUUCUUGGGAUUUCAUUCCAUCUGUCAAUCAAGAGAAAAUAUCACAGUCUCUAAAAUAUUAAUAAAAUUAGUCAAUAGGUCAUAUAGAGAGUUCAAUAGAAAGUUUCACAGAGAAUCAGAAUAUGAAUCAGAUUUUUUGUUUAUGUUUUUUAUAUAAAAGACAAAUUAAUAGAUUAUGUAAGCGCAAUUAAAAUCUAUCCUAUAAAAUUAGAACAUUUUAGAAAAUCUAAAUAUAGUAAUGUUUAAAAAAAUUUACAGUUAUUUGAGCCAUCAUAAUGUUUGGAUAUUAUUAAUGAAAAAUCAUCAAAGUAUUAAUUUUAAAUUAAUUAAAUAAUUAAUAAAACUAAUUAACAAUGUAAUAAAAACCAUCAAAGUAUUAUUUCUAACAAAAGUAAAAAGAGAAAUGAAAGGAGUAAUCACACCGUUGCCAAUGUAUGUACAUAUUUCAACUACUGAAGAAUUGUAAUUAUAGAUUUAUUACCAAAGAACUUACUGUACGUGUCUAUAUUAUGGCUUUUUAUUCAGGUUUGUAAUUUCAGUUAAAAAAAAAUAAAAAGAAAAGAAAAUUUGUUUUUUAAUGGGAAAAAAAAAAACAAAAAGAAAAAUCUCUAUCCAAUUUUUACAUUAGAUACCAGAUUGGUUAAAAAAGAAAAUUGCUUAAGGAAGAUAUAUUGGAAUAUAUUAAAGAAGAUAUAUAAAAUAUAUUGAAUACAAAUAUGUAACAUAUAAAAAUAGAUAAAGAUACAUUAUUAAUGAGAAUAAUGUAUUAUUAAUGUAAGUAAAAGUAUAUCCAACACUAUAAAAAUUAGUUGAUUAGUUAAAAAAUAUCAUCAUGAUUUGUAAUGUUUAUAAAGUAUUAUUAACUUUCGACUAUUACUUUCAAUCUAUAAAGGACAGAUAUAUAGUUAGAAAGUGCUGUUAGAAUUAUUUAAUAUAUACAAAAAUUAUUCAAUAUUGCCCAUUCCCAAACAAUACUAUUAUCAUCUUUUGUAUAGCAACGUAACUGACCGCGUGUUAGUUUGAAAAUGUAUAUUAUGAUUAAAUGUCGCAAUUGAUCGAACAAUCGAAAGAGAUUGUUGAAACUUAUAUAUGUAUGCAUAUAUAUAACAUAACAUACAUACAUACAUACAUAUAUAUCUACAUAUAUACAUACACACAUACACAGUAUGUAGGUUUCCUCGAAAAAAAAUUUGUCCAUGACAGCGUAAAAAAACUUUGAAAAUAGUGAAACAGUUAUCGGAUGAUCAGUCAUUCUUGAGAAAGGAUACGAAAGAAGGUAGGAAGAAAGAAAGGAAGGCAAAGAGAAAGAGAGAGAGAGAAAGAGAGAGAGAGAGAGAGAGAGAGAGAGAGAGAGAGAGAGAGAGAGAGAGAGAGAGAGUGAGAAAGAGCGAGUAACGUGGUAGGAGGUUGCUCGCGAUUGAAUUUCAGUCGAAGCGCGCCAGGCAGAGCGAACGUGGGUCUCGGCUGGGCUAGUCUUCUUUUUUUUUUCGUUUUCUAUUCUAUCUCUUUCACUGCGACUGCGCACGAGGAGAGCGCGAGUUUGCUGCUCGGCCUCGGUUAAGCGCGUGUUACGUCGGGCGCGCGCGCGCGCGCUCGCGCGUUCUCUCGAUUCUCUCCGUGCGUUCGCGUUUCAUACCUAACAGCGUGCAGUAUAUAUCUCCUGCAUCCUCCUGAUUUUUCGGACGACGAAUAGAAAAGGAGAAAGAUAAAGGAUGAUAAGUGAAACCAGUGCGGUGCUGUGAGGUGUAAUGUGUAUUUUGUUCAUUACUCGAGAUGGAUGCAUUUCGAGAACCGAACGAGAGCAUGUCUCGUAUAAAGAAUACAUUUGUGUGAUCCUCUAGUAACAAUUUUGAUUACGAGAAGAAAAGAGAAGCCAAGUUAAGCGAGAAUGGAAUUUGGUGGUUACAAAGGGACCGGAUCACGCGUCAGGAUGCGUCGACGUGCUGAAUUGGGAAGACGUUUAACGAGGAGACUUUCAUUGGUCGCAAAAAUGCCGGCUGCCAUUCUUAACAGGGCAAAUCCGCCCGAACUUAGAUCAAUUGAGAUCACUGCGAUCGCACCCGACAAGACGCAACUCUCGUUAUCUGCUUCAUCUCCAGGAGCUAUAUCCCCUGUGGUUGCACCCGUUCUUUUAAAAUACCGAGUAUGCAAGCCAAGAUUAUUACUCGCCGGUUCGAGAGCCGAAAUCGAUCCUGCAGCCGAUGUGGCACUUCUUCAUGGAGAAAUUUUGCUGAUCGAAGAUGCAGCAAGGCAAUACGAUCCACGAGGUGAUAUCGAUCGAAGGUAUAGAGCAACGGAGAAACUUUUGCACGCAGAGGAAGACUAUCGAGAGACAUUAUGUAGCGCGAAAGAACUUUACGCCCGACCACUCGCUCGAACUUAUCCCGAAUUUCACGACGUCAUUUUCCAACCACUUGCCGAUCUUUCAAGAGUCAGUAAUGAACACUGUCAAAGGAUAUGCAGAGUACUUGAGAAUUGGGAUGCCAGUACUUUCAAACAAAGUGACUUAUUUCCAAAUUCUUUCUGGAAGUCUUAUUGGGAAUAUCUGGAGAGCUACAGUGAGGCUAGAAGAACUUUGGAGGAACUAAAAGCUUCUGAAGAUACACUGCUACACUUUCUUACUUUGAGACAAGCUGCUGCGAGACAUUCGCCAUUGUCUUUGCUUCUUCUACCGGUCCAGAGGUUAGCCGAAUAUGAAAGGUAUCUCGGGCAAGAAGCGAGAAAUUUGUCAGAGAACGGAAACGGAACCGUCGGAAGUGGUUCCGUCUUACAACGUGGCCAGCUCGAAGGUGACCUUCAUCGUAUCCAAGAGCUCUUUCCCGGCGACAAUUUACGACUGCAUGAACGAGAUGUCCUCACCACGAAAAUGAAGAGCCUGAUUCGUAAGAGGAACGGCACAAAUCCAGGCAGGUUGACUAGAGUGUUGUCACAAAAAUCUCUAAAUGUUUCAAAUAAUUCGCCACCGUCAAAAUCACCACCGAGAACCUUUCUAUUGGAAACACCGGUACAAUUUACAACGGGUAUGCAGUCGCAAGAAAGACAUCUUUUCCUGUUCUCCGACCUCCUGCUGAUCGCGAAAGCACGAAGCGGAGGAAACUUCAAGUUGAAACAAUCCGUAAGGAUGAGCGAACUCUGGCUCACCGCCGGUCAUAUAGAUGACGUAGCGGAAACGAGCAAAUCUCAGGAAACCAGCUUCGUACUUGGCUGGCCAACGACGAACGUCGUAGCUACCUUCAUGACCGCAGCAGCAAGAGAUCUUUGGUGGGGCCGUCUUACCGAGCUUGUACGAGAGGAAAGCAUGAAGGAACCACCGGAUACGAACAUUCAAGUCGUGUAUCACGACAGCGACACGAACACGGAAUACUGUAAAACGAUAAUGGUUGGAUCCGAAAUGACGGCGGCAGCUUGUGUGAACUUGGCGACUAGAUUAUUGGAUCUUCAAGGACCAUUUCAACUUUGGGCCAGAACGUCGUCAGAUGAGGCGCCAUAUCCUUUGAUCGGUCAUGAAAGACCAUUCGCCGUAAAAAUGUCGAAUCUACGGCAUACCUUAUCGGCCGAGGAAGGUUUUGACUUGGAACAUUGUAAUAAAUCUGGCCAUGACACUUGUCACUUCAUUCUCCGACCUGUAUCGAAGUCACCGAUAAAGAAGAACAAGUCGAAAAUCACGGGUCUGUUGAGAAGAUCGCUUUCCUUAAAUCCCAGCAUUUUCGGUGUCAAUUUAUCGAGGUUGGACGAAAACGGAUUACCAAAGCCCGUGUUGGUCAUGCUUCAGCAACUCUUCGCGAAGGGACCAUUCACGCAAGGUAUCUUCCGAAAGUCGGCGAAUGUACGAAUCGUGCGAGAGUUGCGUGACCAAAUUGAGUCUACCGGUGAUCCAAGUUGUUUGGAAGCCGCACCGAUCAUAGCUGUGGCAGCAUUAUUAAAGGAUUUUCUUCGAUCUUUACCCGAUCCACUUCUAACUUCUCAUUUAUUUCCUCUUUGGAUGGAUAGUCUGGAAACACCAAAUCCUGUUCACACUAUUAAAAAUACUCUUGAUAGGUUGCCUAAAGCAAAUUAUACGUUGCUCUCGCAUUUAAUAUGCGUGUUGCAUCACAUAGCUAGGAGGUCGAAACACAAUUUAAUGUGCGCCAGUAAUCUCGGUGUUUGCUGUGGUCCGAGUCUUCUCUGGUCGCCAAAUCCCUCGGUAAAUCAAGGCAGGGCGAUUCCUACUCUGACGGAGAUGCUGAUUCGGCAUUGUGAAGUUCUGUUCGGUGAAGGUGUCACACAACUUCUUGGUGAGGAACGUAGCGACAGUGGGGCCGAAGAAAGCACGGACAGCCUUCACUCAGGUGGGCUUUCCUUGGACAGUCUGGAUUUAACAGAACCUCCACGCAAGGAUCACAUGUCACUUUCUCGUGAUUCAGGCUUGACAUUAUCAGAUUGUCAACUCUUCAUCCCAGAGUCACCAGUCGGUUCAGAAGAUUCCGCUGUAAACGCAACAUCAUCGAGCUAUGAUAAGCCUUUGUUGAAAGAAGAUAACAAAUCUUAUGGAAAAACUUAUAUCCGUGUUUAUAGCGGCUGGGAAGAAAGGAUGAAUUAUGCAGGAAAUGGCGGUCACCAUCAUUCGAAUAACGUGGAACACAUUUUUAGAGAAGAAAGAAACAACGUGGGUUAUCCAAAUCCAAACUUUCAACGGCAAGACUGGCUUAGAGCCCAGUUAAAGAGAACGCCGAGAUCUAAAUUGGAUGAACACGAACACCGCAAAGAGAGAUACGAUGAGAAAGACAUAUACGGUAGAGAUUAUCUCAGACAAGAUUCCAUGAAAGAGAAUGUAGAAAAUUGUAAGGAUAUUUAUAGGACUUCUCAGUUGGACAUAUCUCGUGAACUUAGAACCGAAUACGAAAGAACGUCGCAGCAGGAAAUCUGUAAGGAGAGAGUUUCCGAUCAGGAUCUAUCAAGUGACACGUCCUUAUCGAAUGAUCGGUAUGAAUUCAAGAAAGAGCAUUUUGGUGAAUUUAAAAAAGUCAACUCAGAAAUCUAUGUUAAUCGUGAUUCACCGGUGUCGCAUAACGGCAGCUACCAUUCCAACGGUGAUCUCUAUGAAUUCAAGAAAGUCAAGAGCGAAAUUUACGUGAAUAAGGAGAGCACUCGUACCGAAAGAUACGAGUCGGAUAGCAGUAUAUAUGGUAAUAGGGAAAGAGUGAACGAACUUUACGGAUCAUCCCGAGAAAGAAACGAUCUUUACUCGUUUAAACAGGCUGAAGCUAUCGAUUUGUAUGGCGAUGAAGACGAAGAUGAAGAGAGAAUUUGGCCAGAUACCCCACCACCUUUGCCACCGAGACUCAGGCACUUGCCACCAGUUCAUAUGAAUCUUGAAGAUAGACAUAAAGUUGCCGGUAGAUCCAGAUCACUACCACCACCCCCACCUUAUCGACCACCACCUCAGCCACGUGCACCUAUCACCACCAGGCAUAUGGGAUAUGGAAGAUCCGUCGUCGAUGAUGAAAGUUACGUUUGAAAGGGAGAAACUCUUGAUAAAUAAUAAUAGAGUAAAAUUACGUUUUUUCUUCUAUUUUUUUUUUUUUCUUUAUUACAUCGAUUAAAAUUAUAGAUACAAUCUUUACAGGCACAUAAAAUUUAAUCUCUUAGAAGGGAAAAA